UAAUAUAGUAAAUAGGCAAAAUGUGGACAGUGUGGAAGCUAUCUUUGAUGUGCACUCAUAUUCUCGAAACACAAAGGCGUAUGUAUUCCUGUCCAUUCUUUUGGUCUAAACGGAUUUAGGUUUUUUUAUUUUCUUUCAAUAAUUCGAUUGUAUUGUAAAAAGUAAACAUUUUCUAUUCGGAACACCACCUCAAAAUAAGCAGAUUGAUAUAACUUUGAGAAAUGGAUUCUACUUCGAAUACUGUGGAAAAAGUUCUUGAAACAAAAAAUGGCACGGAAGAGUUACAUGCUGAUGUGUUGGCUUCCGAAGAUAAUGGUAACUCAGUCGAAACCCCUUUGGAAUUAAGCAGUGACAGUGAUUUAGAUAAGCCCAAUAGCCGAACAGAUGAUAUCGACGAUGCUGACUUAAUAAUUGAAGACAAGGAAUCCAAAAACUGUAGUUUAAAAAGCGAGAACACGGAUACCGUAGUCGAAAAGCCGUCAAUACCGGUUGGGUCAUUGGAUACUGAUACCACUGCUAAUACGGAUGAAAAAGAAUCCAAGGACCUUAACAUAGAACAGUCACCUGUUAAGACAGACACAACUAUUACUUUGGAAAAUUCAGUCAUUGCCAAUACCAAAAACGAAAAACCGCCCAUUGUUUCUGAUGAUAAUCAAAACGUGGCUGUCAUAAAAGAUGAAAAUUGUAUUAUUGUAAGCACAUCUAAUGCUGAAAACUCAUCUGUGCCACAAGGUACAUCAAAUAUACAAGUUGAAGACGAAGACGAAGAAGUUCAAAAAACCGAAAAAACGGUAUUACAAGACUGCACAGAAAAUUUGACAGAAGAAGGUAUUAUUGAAACUACAAGCACUAAAUCUGAGCUGGCUGGCGAAACCACAAAACCCGAAGUUGAUUUGCCAAUUGAACAUGGUAUUAUUGAAACUACAAACACUACAUCUGAUCUGGCCGGCGAAACCACAAAACCCGAAGUUGAUUUGCCAAUUGAACAUGACAAGAAUUUGGCAGUCCUUGAACAUCGGUCAGUUACAAACAAAGAUGCAAACUUUUCACAGGAGGGAAAAGAGGAGGAAGAAAUAACAGAUCAAUCAGAGCUUUUGAAAGAAAAACCUAAGGAAACUGAACAUCUGAGGUCUGAUCAGAACGAGUUUAAUAACCAAAUUCUGGACAUCAUUUCGGACAUAGACAUAAAUAUAAAAGCCCAAGAAAAAAUAACUCAACUCCAAGAGCAAGAACUGAAACUCAUAAGAAAACAGAACGAGCUGGCAAAUCAAAUUCAACAGCAACAGAUUUUGGCUCAGCGACUAAAUGCUAACAACCAAUUUAAGCCAAGUCAAGGAAGUCAAAGUGCAAACUUUGACUCACAAAGCCAACAACAAAAUAAGCGUGAUGUAUUAGUUUCGGUAACCCCUCAGAAUACCGCUGGUAAUGAAACCACCAAUACAUCGAAGACGGUUGAUUUACGCAAAAUAUUUACUCCAGCGACAGAUUCUUCUGAAAUAUUACCAAAAAAUCGAAAAUUAUAUGCCUCGUCUGCAUUUUAUUCUCCAACACUACACCCUACUGUGGAAGACCAAGUUGAGCUAGCGCGGAGAAUAUCACAUUCAUUAAGUGAUAUCAGUAACCAAACAUCUAAGGGUCAGUCAAUGUAUGUCAAUCGCAAAAAACGCUCAGACAAAUGGGUUCAUGAAGGUAGAUCUCAAGGGAAUGAGUGCUCUAAUGACGCUAUAAAUCCAUAUAAAGAGAAUUCAGAUAUAAAUUCCACUUUGGAAUUUACAAAUUUGGAAAAAAUACCGCUAAAGCUCAUAAUGAACCCAAAUGGUAAAGUUCGUGAUUAUAAUUCGCUCAAAGAAUUGAUUAACGUUGAAACUGGCCUUUUAUCGCCUGACAACUGCGCUGAACUAAUAACUGCUCUGCAGCUUCAUCAAGGACGAGGUGCCGAACUUUUUGCGAAGCGCCGCAAAAAGGCUGAAAAUUGGAUAGUUGAUGAAACUAAUGCAGGCACUCAAAAUCAUCCGUCUGGUAUUCCAGAUUAUCAGCAGUAUCAACAAAAGCCUAUUUUACCAAACAUUUUGCCUGCAUAUUCUGAUGCCGGUAAACAUCGUGUUCAGUUGAACUUACAUCAAAAUCAGUUAAUUGAGAAGUAUUCAAAGCCAGGACUCCAAGUUGUUAAGUCUCCUUGGGAAGCAGCUUUACAAACUGGUUCAGCAAGCUCUGCGUUUUUGGAGGACAACAAUAGUCAAUGUUUCUCCCCAGCCGUAACACCAACGUCGUAUUUCCAUGGCGGAUAUAACGAUAUUCCGGAUGCUGAGCAGCCAACGCAUUAUACUACUCAGAGACAACAACAAAAUGUCAAUCCUGCUCCACCGCAAUCAAUCAAUGUACCUUCAAACCCGAAAAGGGAUCUUGCAUAUACACCAUGCGUUGCCCAGGGCUGGGGAGGCCAUAAUGUGGAACUACCAAAAGAAUCUUUACAAAUAAAAGAAAGUGAGUCAUCAUGGCAGACUCGUCCCGAUGCAGAUGACAAUAAAAUUAGCUGUGUUCACUUUUUAUAUGGAGAUAACCUAACCUCGAAUUUUGCUGUUGAUGUGCAGAAUCGUUUACACGAGCUCGAAAAAUUUCAAACAUUCUUUUUGGAACACCAACGACUUGAAAAUAAAAUUUUAAGAAAUAGAGAAUAUUUAAGUGAACUACGGUCAACGAAAUUGAGCCGCGCUUAUAAAAACCCUAGUGAUAUUAUACCAAAAAAUGAAUUUGAAAUGCUUAGAAACGAUGACCAAAGAGUCAAAAGCGACACUGAUGAUAAAGUUAAUGUGCGUGAUUUAAUAGAAUCUUUCGAGCAACAGAAUAUAACAGAAUUAAACCAAGCCAGACAAGCCGUAGAACCAAUAGAAAACAAUGAAGGCCUUUAUGUUCCGAAAGAAAUAUCGCUCUCGAGCUAUGCAGCUCCCCCAAAACAGUACGGAGGACAUGAAGAGAACUUUAAAUUACCAAGCUACGAAUCUUUAUCGCGCCCUUUACCGAUGACCAACUUUGUUGCUAAUGAAAAUUCAAUUACUGGCAGUAGCGAAUUUCCAUUGACAAAGCCGUUAACAACUGGAUUUAGUACACUACCGCCAAACCAGAAACCUUACUCACCGUAUAAAAAAAUACCCGUUCGGUCCGAGUGUUUCGCUCCUCAGGUCAACUUUAACCCUUCGCCUUUGUCUUUCGAUAAAGUGGCUAUAUUUGAACAGCAUGAUAAGAGAAACUUGACUGGUGCAAGCCCGCAGUAUCUAAAUGUACAGCAAAAUUCGCAAGUACGGAAUACUUCACCAACACCAUUUGGAAUUGCUUUCAAUGAACAGACGUCCAGAUCUCCAAGUUCAUUAGGCUCAGGAGGUUCCCCCCAUCUGCCAAAAACUGGCUCUUCUAGAUGUGGACCUACAAGUAGCUCGGCUACUCCUUCGUUGAACCAGGGUCAAACUUUUAACAAAUGUGCCAGAGGUUGGGGACCAAUCUCACACAACCAAGAGGUCUAUCAAAGUCCAUACUCCUUACCAAUAUCUGGAAACUUACCAUACUCUGAUUUUUAGAAGAUAUUGCUGCAAACAAUUUAACGAUUUACGACAUACUUACAUAAAAUUGUAAAAAUAAUAUUUAAUGUGUUUGCUUAUUUGGUUUUUAAAAAAAUAAUAAUUGUACGACAUCGAAAAUCGAA